CUGUGGCUGCCUGCUAUCAUCGUUUUCCUGCCACCCCCAGGUGAGUGUUGCGGAUAUGAAUCAGAUUAAUGUCGGUUCAGUUUUCCCAAAUGAAACCCCACAGCACACAGCUUGGUCUACGUGAAAAUGUAGGACCAGACAUCUUACAAGCAGGAUGCUCAGGUGAUGAUGCCAGAGCCAGGUAAACUAUGGUUGUUAGCCAGGUAAAUUAUGGUUGUUGUCAACACGUGGUGUUGUGUCUCUGUGUUUAAAACAAUAACAUUGGCCCAAUUGCAGCUUAUUGCAUGUGUAAAAUGUAUUGUUGUCAACUUUUUUCAAUGUGUGUGGUCCUUUGUGGACCGUUUAAUUAGCCUAACUGUUUCAGUAAACUGAUUUCCCCUCCUUAUUUACCAUGAUUCACUGAAUAGCUCAGGAAUGUCUCUCCUUCCUGUACUUUGUAAGUAGGCUAUCAGCCAAGUUUAACCUUUUUUAAUCKCCUUGGCAAUUAGAUCAUGGAUCUGCAGGCUAAAAUUAAAUACCCAGUGCCACAUAGGCUUAGCCUAAUUGUAAUGCUUAUGUCUGAGUUUGGGUUAUCAGGUCAUAUGCCUUAUUAUGCAUAAUGUCUAUUAUGUUCUAGUGUUGAGUACACUGGUGGUCUAUCCAUCAUCAGAGGUUCUACUGAUGCCCACUCUGACUGUGGAGCCUUCAGGACGACAGGUGUACACUGAGGACACAGUCUCCUUGGCGUGUCAGUUACCUGGCCACUCUGGGCUGGYCUGGCAGUUCUACUGGCACAAAGACAGGCAGGACACUGGCCCUGUGGAGCAGAUGUGGGGCAGWGMUGGAGGUGGGGCGGUCUACCAACUGUGGCGUGCCUCUGUCACACACACAGGCCAGUACUGGUGCAGAGCAGGGAGAGGACAGCCAGUCUUSUACARCCAAUACAGCCAGGCAGUCUCUGUUAAUGUCAUUGAGCUCUUCACAUCAGUGACUUUGUCAGCAUCUCCUUCGACCGUGGUCAAAGAGMGCGGGGCUUUCAACCUCACCUGUGAGGCCCAGCUUAGCAACUGCAAACUGAGCCAACAUCAUGGUAACCACAGUCUACAUAGUCACCCUGAUCCUGACUGUAACUGGACCACAGUGGUUGUAACAUUCUCCUUCCUGAGGGACGGCUGGCCAGUGGCCAGGGACUCUGUCAGUGGGAUGUACAGCGUAGCGYGGGCUUCUAGCUGUCACAUGGGGACCUACAGCUGUGUGGCCAGAGCAGGCAGGGCCAGGAGGAGCAGUCAGGAGAUCAGCAUCACACUAGACAACCUGUCUCUGAUACUGGUCACCUGCUUUGGCACCUUCCUGAUCCUCUCCGUGGCUCCAUUGGCAUUUUUUGUGAGACUAUACGCGAUGAGACUGUGGCAGCUCAGAGGCAGAGGACAAGGAGAAUUGCAGUGCAAUGAGUGCAGUACAAUACAGGGACCAAAAUGAGAGGGAGGACAGGGGAGACGUGCUGUGAGAACUCAUGUAGCACACAUGGCACACAUUAGUGCACAGGUGUAGGAUCUUAAUUUGAUCACCCUGUUGCAUGUUUUUUACUCAAAAGAUUAAAACAGAUGUUUUAUUGUAAUCUUGCAGAUGUAUCUGGACCCAGCUGACUUGAGAAACUUUCUAUCAUUUAUUACAAAAUUGGAGAGUAGAAUAAUAAACAUAUAAUUAUUUGGAGAAUUUUGACCAAAGAAUGUUUUUGAUUUAUUUUCACCACAAUGUGGCACUCAAAUAAUACAUUGAUUCGACACUGCAACAUGCRUGUAUUGUCAAAUAGAGCCAACUCUUUUCUCAUAACAGGUUCCAUAUUUUUUAAAGAAAUAACUGCCCACCACCAGUUGAUUAAAAGUGAGUGUGAGUGAAUCUCAACAGUGUAAGGCAAGCUAUAAUAUGUUUGCCCUUAUGUUCCAUUUAUUGCUGAAUUGUUAGACCUAAAGGGUUGUAUGAUGAAUGAGCCAAGAUCUGAGAAUUGCAUUCUGUCUCCAUAUAAAUUCACAAAAAAAGAAACGUCCCUUUUUCAGGACCCUGUCUUUCAAAGAUAAUUCUUAAAAAUCCAAAUA